ACGGUGAGGGGGCCGCUCGAGCAACUCCAUGGACAGAUUAUGCCGGCUAGCAGGAAAGGGCAACAAUGUUUUUUUGUUUUUUUUUCGAAGAAAUAUUCACAGGCCUGCACGUUAGGUCUCCUGAGCCUUUGUCUUCACGCCUGGAGCUCUGUGGUGACAUCUCCCCCGGGUGACACGGUGUCCCUGAACUGCUUGUACUCCAAUAACAGUCGCAGUGACGGCUUAUCGAUGCUCUGGUACAGGCAGCUCCCCGGCCGCCCCCCUGAGCCCAUCCUGCAAUCCUUCAGCCCUGACAAUACGUUCAGCUAUUCUUACUUGAGGGCCGGAGAGCACUUUACAAUGGAACAAAAUCACACCUUAGUCAUCCGAAAUGUCACCCGAGAAGACGUCGCUACUUAUUACUGCUCCAAGCUGGAAACGGACGUGUGGCGCUUCGGCGACGGGAUCGAGCUGCGAGUGGACGGCCAUAGUUCAACACCUAUAACUCCUGCAGAAGGGCCUAAAACCUUGGUUUAUGUUUUCCUUGCUUUGUCAGUUCUCUUCAACCUUUUACUGUUUCUCUGCAUAGCCACUGAGAAUAAAUGGUUCCCUUUCAGAAAUCCAAAGAAAACUGAGUUGCAGCAACCCUGUCAUGAGAAUGACCUGCAUUAUGCAGAAGUGAGUACCACGGAAAAUCAACAACGGAGAGGGCAAGAGAAAAUACACAUUGUGUAUGCUGAAGUCCGAUUAAGAAAAUAG